AUGGCUUCUCCAUCUUCAUCAACAGACAACAACAAUGAAAUAAACAAAUGUAGACUUCAAUUUUACAAGGAAAUUUCAUCAUACAAAAAUAAUUCAAGCAACAAUCCAUUGUUUUCUACAGAACGUUAUGAUCAGACGAUUGAAUCAAUAGUUAAUGCAAAGUUAAAAACUCCUGGUGGUCGUAACACACAAGAAAUGCAUUUUCUAAAGACAUACGAUGUAAUUGAUUUUGGUGGAAAAUUAAAAUUAACAAAAAAGGAUGGUGAAUUUAGUGAUGCCCAUGUUUUAAUUGGUCAUCGUGGUAUUGUUAACACAUUGAAAGAACUAAAGAAAAGGUUCGUUAAUAUAACAGAGAAACAAGUGACUUUGUUUAUCUCUGGUUGCGAAGAAUGUAAAAGGAAACGGUCAAUGCCAAAGAAUUCUUCAAAAUUAGUCAUUAAACCAGUUAUUUCUAAUGAUUUUAAUGCUCGUGGACAAAUUGAUCUAGUUGACAUGCAAUCAUGUCCUGAUGGACCAUUUAAAUUUAUUAUGAAUUAUCAAGAUCAUUUCACUAAAUUCUGCAUUCUUCGACUUUUAAAAACAAAAACUGCUGCUGAAGUAGCCUAUCAACUACUGGACAUAUUCACAAUUCUUGGUGCCCCAGUCAUUCUUCAGUCGGACAAUGGUCGGGAAUUCAUUACCAAGGUUAUUCUAGAAUUGGUUGAAAUGUGGUCUGGAAUUAAAAUUGUCCAUGGUCGUGCUCGACAUCCUCAGUCUCAAGGUUCCGUCGAAAGAUGCAACCAAGACAUAAAGCAACUUAUAGGUACUUGGAUUCGUGAGAAUCAAUCUAAAAAAUGGUCACAUGGCUUACGAUUUGUACAAUUCCAAAAGAAUUCUUGCCAUCAUCGAGUCUUACAACAUAGUCCAUAUUCAGUUUUGUUUGGUCAUGAGCCAAAGGUUGGUUUGGCCUCCAUGCCAUUACCUGCAUCAAUCUAUAAUAACUUAAUAACAGAAGAAGAACUUGAACGUGAACUACAACUACCAAAAACUGAUCAGAACACACAAGAUCAAGAAGAAAAAAUUGAACAAACCCAUUAA